GACACACAUCUACUGUCAAAGAGCUCCCUCUCUUCUACCUCCUGGAGAAAAAAAAACUGAUCAUGACGAAGAGAUUGGUGGUGAUUGACACAGAUUGUGGCAUAGAUGACGCCCAGGCGAUAAUGAUGGCUCUGGCUGCGCCCGACGUUCAUGUUCUCGCCAUCACCUGCUGCUUCGGGAAUACAGAUGUGGACAACGUCUGCCAGAACGUGCUACGCGUGCUUUCUGUCUGCGAACGCUCUCAGAUUCCGGUGUACAAAGGUUCAACAGGUCCCUUGGUUGGGGCCACCAACGCCAUAAAGGACCACUUUGGUACAGAUGGGCUUGGGGAUGUGUUAGAAGAUAGAGAUCCACUGUGGAAAGAGAAGAUCCAGACUGAGAGCGCUGUCAACGCCUUGAUCCGACUUGUGUCUGAUAACCAGAAGCAGGUCUCUCUGGUAGCCCUGGGACCACUCACAAAUCUGUCUCUUGCAGUCAGACUCGAUCCUACAUUUCCUGCAAAGCUGAAGGAUCUGUUUAUAAUGGGAGGGAAUAUGGAAGGGAAAGGAAACGUCAGUCUGUGUGGAGAGUUUAACUUUGUGAUGGACCCAGAAUCUGCCUACGUAGUGCUGGAAGAGUAUCUCUGCCCAACACGCAUUGCAUCAUGGGAAUAUUGCUGCAGAAAUAAACUCACUUGGGAGUUUUUCGAGGAGCUGGUCAACCAGGAUGCCCCUGCCGCACGCUUCAUGAAGAAGAUCACGUCCAGCUGCUGGGCCUACUCCAAGGAGGCCCUGAAGACCAAGAGGGACGUCUUCUUCGGCUCCGGCUUCGUGUCUUACGACGCCUACGCCGUCGCAGCGUGCGUCGACGGCAGCGUGGUCACGGAGAGCGUCGAGUGCCCCGUCCGCGUGGAGCUGCAGGGGGCGCUGUGCCGAGGGAUGAUGGCGCUGGAUCAGACCGACAUGCUGAAGAAGAGCCAUCGGGUGUCUGUGAUGAAGACGUGCGAUCUUGACAAGUUCAGAAAGCUACUCAUGGCCUCCCUUAGACUGCCCUGUAGGAAGUAGUGGUGGUUAUAUAAGUGGUACUACCCUGUAGGAAGUAGGGAUGGUUAUAUAAGUGGUACUACCCUGUAGGAAGUAGGGAUGGUUUGCUAAGUGGUACUAUGGCUUGAUAUGAAAAGUUUCCUUACUUGGCAAGGGUCAUAUAAACUAAAAAUUUUCUAAAUGUAUAAA